UACCAUGGAAACUGGACCUGUAGCUUUUUUUUAUGGGCGUGGUCAGAUGCGCUAGCCUAUAUAAAGAAGCCGCAGGAGGCAUAGGGAGUGUGAGAGUGAAUUGUCGCGGAAGGGUUGCUGUUCUGAUAUUUCCUGUGAUAAUGGAUGUGGCUACCCUUCGCCGUUCCCUGUCUGAGGCUGGCCAGGACCAUGUUUUGCAGUUCUGGGAUGAUCUAUCUUUGGAACAACAAACCACCCUUCUGGAGGAUCUUCAGAGUUUGGAUGUUAGAGAGCUAAAUAACUUCUUUCACAAUGCUAUGGAUGGGUUCUCUGUCUCACCGAAUCAAGAGAAAGUAGAUGCCAGAAUGGAAGCUGUGCCCCGAGAUGUUCUUGGGAGUGUUACAAGAGAUGGAGAGCAUCUUCAGGACUGGGAGACUCGAGGCUUUAAGCAGAUCUCGAAUGGUAAAGUGGCCGUUUUGUUGCUCGCUGGAGGACAAGGGACUCGUUUGGGGGUAUCAUACCCAAAAGGAAUGUAUGAUGUGGGUCUUCCCUCUCUCAAAUGCCUCUUUCAGAUCCAAGCUGAACGCAUCCUUAAAUUGCAGAAAUUGGCAAAGGAGCGAUAUGGACUGCAAUGCACAAUUCCUUGGUACAUCAUGACUAGUGGACGUACCAUGGAAUCCACACGGGAAUUCUUUCAGAAACAUCAGUAUUUUGGGCUGAAGGAAGAGAAUAUCAUUCUUUUUCAGCAGGGCAUGCUGCCAGCUAUGAGCUUCGAGGGAAAGAUUCUCAUGGAGGAAAAGCACAAGCUAUCUAUGGCUCCAGAUGGUAAUGGCGGUUUGUACAGAGCAUUAGGAGCACAUGGUAUACUGAAGGAUAUGGAACAGAGAGGAGUGGAAUACAUCCACGUAUACUGUGUAGACAAUAUCUUGGUGAAAGUAGCAGACCCUGUGUUUAUUGGUUUCUGUGUUGAGAAAGAAGCCGAUUGUGGAGCGAAGGUCGUUGAAAAGAUGAACCCCACAGAGCCAGUUGGGGUGGUUUGCCGUGUAGAUGGUUUGUACCAGGUAGUGGAAUAUAGUGAAAUUUCACUUGCCACUGCCCAGAAACGAAGUGCUGAUGGCCGACUCAUGUACAAUGCAGGCAACAUCGCCAACCACCUCUUCACUCGACAUUUCCUACAGAAAGUGGUGGAGGUUCAUGAACCUCAAUUACAACACCACGUGGCCCUAAAGAAAAUCCCGUAUGUGGAUACACACGGUUGUCUGAUACAUCCAGAUAAACCUAAUGGGGUGAAGAUGGAAAAAUUUGUCUUCGAUAUCUUUCAAUUUGCCAAUAAGUUUGUAGUGUUCGAGGUGCUGCGCGAGGAAGAGUUUUCACCUCUGAAGAAUGCAGACAGCCAGAACGGUAAAGAUAAUCCGAGUACAGCCCGGCAUGCUCUCAUGUCACUGCAUCAUUGCUGGGUUCUGAAUGCCGGUGGACAUUUUGUUGAUGAGAAUGGGACUCGAAUCCCAGCUAUCCCACUCCAUGCCAAUCGAGUGAAUGGACCUACGCAGGAUCACACCCAGAACAACAUGAAGGAUGUUGGUGACUUACCAAUUCAGUGUGAAAUUUCACCUUUGAUCUCCUACGCUGGAGAGGGCCUGGAACAUUACGUGCAGAAUCGAGCGUUCCAAACACCACUUACAAUAGAUGAAAAUGGAGUCCAUCAGCUGUCCGUCAGCAGGAAUGGCAUCUGUUUAUAACAACUUGUGUACCUAAAGGACUACAUAUUUUAAUGAUAUUGGUUGAUGAACAUUUGUAAGGUACACAGACAUUUAAAUCACCGGGUUCUUCCUGGCCAGCUACUACCAAUACAAAACAAUAUUUCUUUUUCUCUUGUAUCUAUUUUAAAUGCUAUAAUGUAAGAAGAAAUUGUAUGCAUAUUUAUAACAAAUUCCAUCCUAAGGUACGUGGUAUCUAUUUUUUUUAAAUUGUACAUAGCAAACUCUUGUACAUUUAAACAUAUUUUAAUGGUACUGUCCACCUUUUA